GUUGAUGGUGGAGAUUUGUAGAUGGGACUGAUUUGAUGGAGGUGUUUUUAAAAAUUGGUUAUUUGUCAAAAUGGUUAUUCAGGUGAGAUUUGUAGACCCACCUUCAGAAAUUGUUCUAACAUUAAGGAAUAGUCUAUGAGAUGGGAGACAUUCUUCUCACAAUGUCAAUGGAGAAUCAUCACCCUUCGACCCACUUGUCUAUGGAUUCAAGUGCCUCAUCUUCACACGAUGAAUUAGACCUCGAGAUGUAUGGCCCAGUUGUUUUAACCCGUCCACCGGAUAUCAAUUUACCCCUUUCAGUCGAUCGAAGCCCCCCUCUGCAGCAGCCUUGGAACCCUGAACACUGUGAUAUUCUUGAUGUUGGAUUAGGCUCCCAAAUGUACGAGACUGAAAGUUUUCUUAGUGUUCCUAAAGUUGGGAGGAAGUGUGUGAAAAGGAUUGAUAGCAUCUGGGGAGCUUGGUUCUUCUUCAGCUUUUACUUUAAGCCAGUACUGAAUGACAAAUCAAAAGCGAAGAUCAUACGUGAUGGUAAUGGAGUUUAUGGGUAUGAUAAAUCCGAUCUCAAGACUGAUGUUUUUAUGGUUCAGCAUGAUAUGGAGAAUAUGUACAUGUGGGUUUUUAAGGAAAGGCCUGAGAAUGCUUUGGGUAAGAUGCAGCUCAGAAGUUAUAUGAAUGGUCAUUCUCGUCAAGGAGAGCGUCCAUUUCCUUUCAGUGCUGAUAAGGGUUUUGUUCGGUCUCAUAGGAUGCAAAGGAAACAUUACAGGGGGCUCUCGAAUCCUCAGUGUGUUCAUGGAAUUGAGAUGGUUGCAUCACCCAAUCUCAUGGUUCUUGAUGAAGACGAUCGAAAAAGAUGGACCGAACUCACUGGAAGGGAUAUAAACUUCUCCAUUCCACUGGAAGCAAGCGAUUACAGUUCAUGGAGAAAUCAACCAAAUGCGGAGUUUGAACUUGAAAAGCCACCUCCUCCAAUUAAGAGUAAUCCUAAUUCGCACCCAAAGAAAUUGCUAAAUGGAUCCGUGCUAAAUCUGUCUACUCAACCAUCUAACCAUAUCAAUGGGGAUGCAAUGGAUCUAUCACCAGGCAGUUGCAAAAGGAAGAAGGAUUUCUUUUCAGAGGGAAAUGACAAUGAUGGUUAUCUUUUGGCUGUGAAUCCGCCAUCUGAUCGAUUCCCUGAUUUGGAAGUUCACCCAAAUGGACCACACUGGCUGAAUGAGUUUAAUGGGGUGCUGAAGAAUAUUUAUGGACCCGUUACGGCUGCCAAAACAAUCUACGAGGAUGAACAAGGUUUUCUGAUCGUAAUGAGCUUGCCCUUUGUAGAUCUUCAGAGGGUAAAAGUGUCCUGGAGGAACACGCUAACACAUGGAAUCAUCAAGGUGUCUUGUGUAAGUACAUCUCGUGUGCAAUUUAUCAAGAGACAUAGCAGGACUUUCAAGCUUUCAGAUCCAUCUUCAGAGCACUGUCCCCCUGGAGAAUUUGUUAGAGAAAUUUCACUUUCAACCCGAAUUCCCGAAGAUGCUCAUAUAGAAGCAUAUUAUGAUGGACCAGGAACUGUGCUCGAGAUUUUGGUACCCAAGCUGCGUGAAGGACCAGAAGAACAUGAAGUUCGUGUUUGUUUUCGCCCUUCCCAUGGGAGCAAGGAUCUCAUGUUGUCUUAAAGACGUACUUGGUGAAAUGACGUUGGGGGUUGUCAUGGAUGGUGCAUCAUCGUUCACUGACUUUGCUCGAACAAUGAUGUAAUUAUUGGAACAGAACUUAUUAUGUUAUGUUGGGUGCUUGUGGCACCGAGUGAUAUGAUUUUAGGUCCUACUCGUCUAUUGUACCGUUAUUUGCCAUUGAAAUCUUAUUUGAAAUGUCGGUUAAUUAGUCGUGCUUCUGCCAUAUAUUAGUUUGCACAGUUAUGUACUGGUUUGUACUUUGGAUAUUAUAAUAUGUGCACGUUAGGCAUGUGGGAACUUUUGCCCUUUCAAGCAACACUGGAUUGGAACAUGCUUCUUUA